UCACUUUUUGUUUAUCGCGAUAUAAUUUUUGUUGUAGUUUCAAAAUUAAACUCCGAUAUGAACGGAAGAAAAGAAUUCAAACCACUUAAAUAUCCGCGAUGUCCUCUAACGAAGAAAAAUAUUCUAACUGCAUACCAUGACCUAAAACAGUACAAUGACUAUCUGAGAAGAUUGUUCUACGCAAAAUCACGUGUGGAUUCGAAACCACCAAAAUUCGAUUGCUGUUUUCCGAGAUCUUCGGCAAUGAAAGAUUAUAAAUUGUGCCAAGCCAACAUGAGGGAAAAUCAAAUCCUGCUGAGGAAACUGGAUUGCAUUUGGAAACGUCCGAAUCGAUACAUGUUCCCGGAAAACGAGUCUAAAUUAAGGGAAGACCGUAAAAAAUGGGACAAACUGAGACAUGACAAUAUAAAACUGUACGAAAAAAUAAAAGCUGUGAGAUCUGGGUACGAAAAGAAAAGAUUUUUCGAAGAGUACGACAGGCAAUUUAAGGUCAUGAACGAUAUGGCAAUUUACCCUUGGGUAUUGAAGGAAGAAAUUAAGUAUGUUGAGAGUUUGCCCUCUUUAACUCUUGAUAGAUGUAUUGCUGGUACGGAACGUCAAAUGUGCAGAUUGCAAUUUCGGGAAGUAAGCGGGAGAGUGAUUGGCACAAUAUAUUUCGAACUGUACAGUGGGGCAGUGCCCAAUACGGUCAAAACGUUUAUUUUUAUCAUGAACUACUGUUAUGACCGACAUAUCGUCAACGCUAUCAAAAUUGGUAAAUAUUUAGAGAUAAAAGACUCAAUGGUGGUGAAAAAGAACGUUUCCAUAAGACAUUUAUUUGUCCAGGACAGGAACGUGCUCAGUAACUUAAGAGCAGGUGUUCUCUCCCUGACGUUUGGAAGAAAGGAAGACUGUAGGUUCAGAAUUAGUUUUAAAAGUGAUGAAUUACAAAAUAGGUACUCCAUUCCUUUUGCCAAGGUGGUGAAAGGAUUAGAAAUUUUGCACAAAAUGGAAGGAUACGGAAGAAGAAUAGGAAAACCGUACGUUGACAUACAAAUUUCCUCUUACCAACUAUUCUAAGUGAUUGUCAGUCAUGGAAAAAUGGGUAACUUGUAUAUGUAGAAAAGGGAUGGGUCAGGGCAGAGAAAUGUGUGUUUAACUGGGUGGGAAGUACUAUAUUCUAGUCUUGGAGAGAUAAAUGUCUAAUUUUUUGAAACGUUGUAAAAUAUGAAGGUCGCAAAGCUCUUUCUAAUUUAAUAAUAUAUUAAAUUUUACCUGUACAAAUUAUAUAACAAUAUCAAUAAAAUUGACAGAAGAA